AAUCUCCAAUGUUAAUUCAAAUGGAUCAUCACGAAAUCACCACUGGUCAAACUAAAACUCCACCAUCAUCUUCUUCUACUUCAACGGUUACUAAUGAUGAUAAUAACAAGAAGAUGUACAGAGGUGUGAGAAAGAGGAAGUGGGGAAAAUGGGUGUCGGAAAUUCGGCUUCCAAAUAGCCGUGAAAGAAUAUGGUUAGGAUCAUAUGAUUCACCGGAGAAAGCAGCAAGAGCGUUCGACGCUGCACUUUACUGUCUCCGUGGCCGUCAUGCAAGUUUCAACUUCCCUGAUACACCUUUUCAUUUCGAUAUCACUGUAGUUUCUAACAAUCCAGAACAGAUUCGAGAGAUUGCUGCUAAUUUUGGCAACAAAAAUCCACCAAUUGUUAGUGAUAGUACUACAAAUUAUAAUAAUGGAAAUGAUAAUACAGACCAAUCCAAAACUAUGACUGAAAUUAUUGGCUCUUCGUCUUCUACUACUAGUACCACUGCUAUGCAUGAUAAUGGUGGGAACACGAUUGAUUGGACAUUUUUGGAUGUGUUGGAUGGUUCAAGCAAUGAUGCUAAUUUUGUUGGGUCUGAAAACUAUGGUGGUUUCUAUUCUGAUCUAGAAAAGAUGAAUUCGGGUGAGUUAUUCAGUUUACCACAGCAACUACCACUAUUUGAGGAUAAUAUUCAGAAGGAACUGGUUAAAGUUGAAGGUGAUGAUGAUGUUUAUGAUGACCCUUUUUCUCAUCAAUCAUUCCUUUGGAACUGGGACUUUUGAUCAUUCUCCAUUCUCAGGGCUUGCUACCUCUAUAAUUUUGCUAAAUAGUUUUACUUUAUUUUCCGGCCAUAUUCGAUAUGGUUGUUUCUUUUUAAUGAUAACAAGGUCUGGCUGGGUGUCAUUCUCUGACCACAAAAGAAAAGACAAAAGACAUACUAGUACAAAUAAAUAAAUUAAUAUACAUAGACACAGUUUCUAUUACAAUGAUUA